AGGCCGAGCGGCUACGCUGACGCACGCGUGCGCUCUCGGUCUCUCUCGCCGACUCGGAUUUGACCUACGGCCGCCAGGAGAAGAUGGCCGCGCUAGCAGUGUCCGGGCUGUCCCAGCAGGUGCGAUGCUUCAGUACAUCUGUGGUCAGGCCGUUUGCCAAGCUUGUGAGGCCACCUGUUCAGAUAUAUGGCAUCGAAGGUCGCUAUGCCACAGCUCUUUAUUCUGCUGCAUCUAAACAGAAUAAACUGGAGCAAGUAGAAAAGGAAUUGUUGCGAGUAGGACAAAUCUUGAAGGAACCCAAAAUGGCUGCUUCUCUUAUGAAUCCCUAUGUAAAGCGUUCAGUUAAAGUGAAAAGCCUAAAUGACAUGACAGCAAAGGAGAAAUUCUCUCCUCUCACGUCCAACCUGAUCAAUUUGCUUGCUGAAAACGGUCGCUUGAAUAAUACUCCUGCGGUGAUUUCCGCAUUUUCUACCAUGAUGAGUGUCCACCGUGGAGAAGUACCAUGCACAGUUACCACUGCAUCUCCUUUAGAUGAAGCCACUCUGACUGAAUUGAAAACAGUCCUGAAGAGCUUCCUGAGUAAAGGCCAGGUUUUGAAAUUGGAAGUUAAGAUUGAUCCAUCAAUCAUGGGUGGAAUGAUCGUCCGUAUUGGAGAGAAAUACGUAGAUAUGUCUGCAAAAACCAAGAUUCAGAAGCUGAGCAGAGCAAUGCGGGAGAUUCUGUAAAAGUGUUGAUUUUCUGAAAGUGAGAAUUCUUAAACUUGGAGCGACAAUAAAACGCUUCCUGAACAGGA